AGUUGCCCAACUCAGUGGUCGUCUCGCUCACACCUCGUUCGACAUAUUUACAAUUUGCUAAUUGUCACGGAACCGAUAGAAGAAAAUUUCAUUAUUCCAUUCUAAUAAUUUUGUAAACAAAUAAUUAUGCUGUGUGCACUUAUUGGCUGUUGAUUCUUGAUUGAGUAUUCCAAAGUAUCGCGUCUAAAUGAGCGAGUUUAGUAUGAUGAACGUUCAAGUGUUGGACUUUGCGAAAAUAUGUCGAACGUGUUUGGGAUCCGACAAACGCAUGAAAUGCUUGUUCCCGGGAGAUAGUGGAGAUUCGAAGGAACUGGAUGAGAUCAGGAAGAUGAUUUCCGAUUGUACAAUAUACCCAGUUUUAAAAAAUGAUCAUCUUCCCAACAACAUCUGUUCAAAAUGUAUUAGUAAAGUUCGAGUUGCCUACGAUUUCAAAUCACAAUGCGAACGUGCUUUCGAAAUGCUGUUGUCCGUAAUGGAAACCUACAAUCUUGGCGUAAAAGCUGACAAUCAUGUCAUUCCUGCCGAAUUAGUUUUGGUUGAUAGCCAGAACGUGAAGGAAGAAAUUGAUAAUUUUUAUCCCAACUCAAAUGAUCAAGAGGGUUUUGAUUCAGCUAAUACAGAGUAUGGAACAGUCGGUACAGCUCAGCUGAUAGAAACGGUUAAGGCGGAAGGGACUGCCGAACACAAGUGUACAACAUGCCCAAAAGUUUUUUCAAAAGAAGUCCAUCUAAGAAAGCACAUGGCAACUGUGCACCCAAAUAGCGAGGACGUUUGCAGUUUAUGUAGCAAAAAUUGUGGGAACCCGACGAGACUGAAAAAGCAUAUGUUAUUAUGUCACUCAGAAAGCAGUUUGGAUAGGGAAAGCAACAAAAAGGAAAUUUCGAAAAGCACCGAUUGCGUGGAAGAAUUCGAAUCUGUACAGGAGUUAAGCGAACACAUUUGUAGCAAUGAUAAUUCAUUUGAUCCAACUAACGUGGAAGCUAUAUUAGGUCUAACUGGAACUAAGGAGGAAAAGGAAGAACAUGCGUCGGACAGUGGUGAUCCUGCCUACCUAUACGACGAUGAACAGUGCGACGAGAACGAAAACGACGACGACGAAAGUUGCGACGACGAUAAAAUUCCACUUUCGGAAUUGCUAAAACCAAAAACGAGAAAGAAGAAAAGAGAUAAAUCAUCUCUAAACAAAACCGAUGCUGACUCCAACCAAUCCAAAGAUGAAAACAAAUCGCCAGUGAAAAAAGAACAUAAAUGCGACAUUUGCAAUAAAAUAUUUUCACGUUCCUCACAUUUGAAAAGGCACAAGUUCACACAUUCUGAGGAGAAGCCUUUCGUAUGUAAAGAAUGCAAUAAAGGCUUUACUCGUGCCGAUCAUUUAAGACUUCAUAAAUUCAACCAUUCUACGGUGAAACCGUACAUUUGCCCUGAUUGCAAUCGUGGAUUCAUACAAGCCGAACGUCUGAAACGACACCAAGAAAGAGGAUACUGUGACAAAGAGAAAAAUCCAAAUCCUAAAACCGAAUUUUGUACAAUUUGCGGCAAAGGAUUUACUACAGCUAAAUAUCUUGCUAUUCAUGUGAGAACACAUACGGAUCGUAAGUGGAAUUGCAAACACUGUCCAGAAGUAUUUGAUUCUAAACAAGAACUGACGGGACACUCCAAAACACACGCGCAUGAAACUGAAAAGCCAUUUUUGUGCUCUGAAUGUGGAUUACGAUUUGUGCGUAAUGAUUACUUGAUUAUCCACAUGCGACGCCACAAAGGCGAGAAGCCUUACAAAUGUAAAUAUUGCAGUAAAGGAUUUCCACGAGCAACAGACUUGAAUGUCCAUGAGAGAUAUCAUACGGGGGAGAAGACACAUUUGUGCACAGUUUGUGGGAAGGGAUUCCAACGUGCCUAUAAUUUGCUAGUUCAUAUGCGAGUUCACACAGGGGAACGACCAUACAAAUGUCCUCAUUGUACAAAGUGUUUCGCCCAAGGAAACGAUUUAAAAUCACAUAUCCGACGACACACCGGUGAACGCUUUAAAUGUGAGAUAUGUGAAGAAGGUUUUAUUCAAGGAUACCAUCUAACACAACACAAACGUAAUGUUCAUGGAAUUGACGCACAAUCGCAUAUUCGUCGAGUGGAAAAAUUCGUGACUCAAACUGAACAACAACAGCAAAUGGAAGCAAUUCGCCAGCAGCAAACUGAAACUCGAGCGCCAAACGAUGCAGUGGAAAUGCACAGCAGCGACAGUGAACACUUACAGGCAGUAAAAUGUGAAGAUGGGAUUGCAAUGGAGGGUUCAUAUUAUGCAGGCCAUAGCGAUGACGGGGUAACGAAUGGGGGUGAAGGAAUGGUGAUUUACACAACAAUUGAAAAUGAUUCUAAUGUAAUGGAGUAUGAGGCAAAUUGUAAGUAGCUUUAAAAAUGUAAAACAAAAUAUGUUUCCUCAGUAAACGGUAAAAAUAUACGAAGUAAAUUAUAUACGAAA